GACUGUUAAUUCCCAACUGCUCUUUAUUUGGAUAAUAAUGGUCGUCUGAUUGAACAGCUGGCAGAUUUUAAAAGGUGAAAAAUAAUGUGUGUAUAAGAUCUGUCGAGCUGUGACAUUGAACAGCGUGUAAGGACGACAAACGCAAUGUGUGUGUGUGUGUGUGUGUGUGUGUGUGUGUGUGAGAGAGAGAGAGAGAGAGAGAGAGAGAGAGAGCUCCGUCGGCGCAGUACCGAGCGAGUCCUCUGGUGAUCUCAGAGAGAUGCUUUUCUCCUCAACAAUAAAAAAAACCGAGAUUUACUGAAAGAAAGAGAUUCUCCUGCGCACUCAUCCACACACAUCUCGCGCGCUUCUGCUGAGGAGAGAAGAAACAUGCGCUGAAUGAAUGAACGCAUCCCGUCUGCGCGCGAGUGACAUUAUCAGCACCGGUUCGCGGGGGUUCAGAGUCCAGCGUGUAGAAGAUGAACUGAUGCUGUGUUUUCUGAGUGACAGAGGCGCAGAUGGGCUUCAGCAUGACUUGCCUCUGGAUCGUAACUUUGGCCAUCAGUGUUCACAGAGUGGUCAGCGGCCCGCGGUUUUCUCAGGAGCCGGCGGAUCAGUCUGUGGUGAUCGGGGAGAGAGUAGUUUUGUCCUGCGUGGUGUUUAACUACACCGGCAUUGUACAGUGGACCAAAGACGGGCUCGCUCUUGGCAUCGGAGAAGAUCUGAGGGCAUGGCCGCGGUACCGUGUAUUGCGGAUCUUGGAUGUUGGGCAGUAUAAUCUGGAGAUCACAUCAGCGGACCUGACCGAUGACUCACUGUACGAGUGUCAGGCCACUGAAGCCGCUCUGAGGUCCAGAAGAGCUAAACUCACUGUUCUGAUUCCCCCUGAAGGUCCUGUUAUCGAGGGCUCUCCAGAGAUCCUGCUGACAGCAGGAACCUCAUAUAACCUCACCUGUGUGUCUCGAGGAGCAAAGCCACUGUCAACGAUAGAGUGGUACAAAGAUGGGAUCAUGGUGGAGGGAGCCCAUACCAGCACUGAAGUGUUAGCAGACAGGAAGAGGGUGACCACAAAAAGUUUUCUGGAGAUUCAGCCAGUGGACACAGAUACAGGACGAAAUUUCACCUGUGUGGCCUCAAACCUGGCCACCCCGCUGGGAAAGAGGGUCACUGUGACACUCAACGUCCACCAUCCUCCUACAGUUGUUCUGUCCAUAGAGCCUCGCUCGGUUCUAGAAGGAGAGCGAGUUAAAUUUACCUGCCAGGCCACUGCCAACCCUCCCAUUAUGGGCUACAGGUGGGCUAAAGGGGGUGUGAUUCUGGAUGGAGCGAGAGAAAGUGUGUUUGAGACAACAGCAGAUCACUCGUUCUUCACUGAGCCCGUGUCCUGUCUGGUCUUUAAUGCGGUGGGCAGCACCAACGUCAGUAUUUUAGUGGACGUUCACUUUGGUCCAAUUCUGGUGCUGGAGCCGAGGCCUGUAACGGUGGACGUUGACUCUGAUGUCUCACUCAACUGUAAAUGGUCAGGAAAUCCUCCGCUCACCCUCACAUGGACCAAGAAGGGCUCCAGCAUGGUCCUCAGUAACAGUAAUCAGUUAUUCCUGAAGUCUGUGAGUCAGGCGGAUGCAGGACAGUAUGUGUGUAAAGCCAUCGUCCCCAGGAUCGGUGUGGGAGAAACAGAGGUCACUCUUACAGUCAACGGUCCUCCAAUCAUCUCGAGCGAGCCGAUCCAGUAUGCAGUGAGAGGAGAGAAAGGGGAAAUCAAGUGCUACAUAGCCAGCACCCCUCCACCGGACAAAAUCGUUUGGGCUUGGAAGGAGAACGUGUGGGAAAAAGAGAGAGGGACGCUGUUGGAGAGGUACACAGUGGAGCAGAGUAGACCUGCGUCACAAGGGGGCGCCGUUCUGUCCACGCUCACCAUCAAUAAUGUCAUGGAGGCCGACUUCCAGUCCACCUACAACUGCACGGCAUGGAACGCGUUUGGACCAGGAACCAUGAUCAUCACACUGGAGGAGACUGAUAUAGUGCCUGUAGGUGUGAUAGCAGGUGGAUCUGUUGGAUCUUCCAUUUUGCUUCUUCUCCUCCUGUUUGCUCUGAUAUUCUAUCUGUAUCGACAGCGCAAAGCCAGUCGUCGUGGAGUCACGUUGAAGCCAGACAUUAAAGUGGAAACGGUCAACAAGGAGACUCACAGUCUUGAGGAAGAGGCUGCCAGCGCUUCCACAGCUACACGAAUGGUAAAAGCUAUGUAUUCUUUUCUUCCCUCUGUCUCCCUCUCUCCCUCCACCCAGCCCUUCAAAGAUGACAUGGAGCUGAAGCAGGACGUCCAGAGCGAGACGCUGGAGCCCAAGGUGGAGGAGUAUGAGUCCAAGGACCCCACCAAUGGUUACUACAAUGUUCGAGCUACAACACAUGAUGAGGUCCGCACCUCUAACCGUUCCCUGCUGUACCAGGAAUUUCGGCCACCAAAUCCUGCUUCAGUUUCGGUGUCAGCUGGUGGCCCAGUGGCCAACAUUCAUCCGGCACCCAUGGGCCGUUACGAGCCCCGUCCCACAUCUCGAAUGGCUCACAACACAUACACCCAUUUUAACACCAUUGCCAGGGUGUCGCAAAUCCAAGCUCCACCCAACCCUGUCUCCAAGACCACGGACUAUACUGGAGAGCGUGGCCUGCUGGAAUCAACCAAUCCACUGGCUUUUGACAGCUACGCUUAUUCAACAACACCUCAAUACAGGUUAGGUUUCGCCCCGCCUUCGGAGGCAGGACCAGCCUAUGAAAUGUAUCCUACUGGACAAGGGGUGGGGACGAGUCAAGAUGCUAACGUGGGAAAACACCCCAGCUCUGCCCAAUUUCCAUAUUCAACCCCACCUACAGAAUACUCUCAGAGACACACGCAGAGAAUGCAGACUCAUGUGUAAAACACACUUACCAACAUAAAAGCACUUCCGUGGAAGAAAAUAUAUGGUACACAUGCUCCUUUUUACAAACUCUUACAGUAUGAAAACUCUCCAAUGCAACUAUAUGCAAACACACACAAACACACACACACAUUGUUUUCUACCUUUACAACAACGUGAUUUAGAGAAAAAAGUGCCAAAUUAAUAAAUGACUGCAGCAGAAGAGGUCACAGCGAUGACUGGAGAGAAAGUGUGUGAACCUUAUCAUCUUUCCUUUUAAAUUUUAAGAAGAGGUUGAUGUGGCGAAACCAACUGUCUAAAAUAUCUGCACCAAAAUAAGACACUGCAAAGCAGCUAUUGGACUGUUUUCUCCAUGUGAAUUGGUAUUGGCUGAAAGAAUGGCCAAUAAAAGGCUGGAGGGCACCAGAAGCCAUCAAUUUUUAGAUGUAAAGCCCAGUGAAGGCCUGAUUGCUAUGCACUGGAGUUUACACUGGACCUUUUUAGAUCUGUCCCAUCACUCAACCUAAUAAAAUAUUAUGCGUUUUAAAUUAUGGCAAUUGUGGGUGGGCUCACCCAAAGUUGUAUAAUCCACAAUGUGAUAUUGCAGAACAAGUCAGCGAGCUGAAUAAUUCUGCAAGUGUCGACAAUCGCUUGUGAAAUAACUUACCGUACGGCCCGCUCACCCCUGCUCACACUGCCCGAGCUCCUCGUAGGAAUAGCUGUCUGCUGCCAGUUUGAACUCUUCUGAACUCUUCUGAUAGGAUGGACAAGUGAGUGUCUGGGUAAAUGCCACCAGUGCUUUUAACUCUGAAAGCUGGAGUUAUGUAACAUUUUAGGAUUUUUUACAGAUGGAUGCUACUCAAAGUGUGUCAAAGUGAGCUUACAGACUUUUCUCUGAACACACACUCUGCCUCCUUCCAAGAAAACCUCACAAGUAUUUGAUGCUCUGUGUUCCUGUGUGUGUGGAUGAGUGUGUGUUUGCUGACGUGGAGGAAAAAAAUGAAUGUGAUGAAUCUCUUUCUCUCAAGUGUCUAUGUAUUUGUCCUUAACACUUUCAAAGUAGAGUAGAGUGCUUUUCCAUAUUUGUAUCUGAACUAAAUUACAUUUCAAAAUGCUUUUAUAAUAUUUUUCUAAGAUAGUGGUAAGGGGUCAGAGAUCGAAUGGUUUUUGGUAUAAGCAAUGUAAAGGAAUUGUUUUUUUUAUGUUCAUGAUUUGCACAUUUGUCUAAAUUCUGGAAACGGAUGAAGAAUCAGAUCACAAGAGCAAAGUUUAAAAUAAUACUAGAAUGGAAGCAAUUUAAUCAUUCAAGGCAUGAGUUUCUGUAAAAUCUCUUUUAUGCAAAUUAAAGGUCUUAUGAGCUCAGAAACCUUUCUGCUCUGCAGUAAAGCUGAAUUUGUGCAAAAGAUGUUUCUGCUGUUGAGUUUAAAUCUGGCUUGAUUUAGGAUUAAUCUACUGAAAUGUACAUGAGCCUUGGUCUAUGUUCAAAUGUUUUGAACAUUCAAAAUAUGCAAUGAUCAAUCCCUUUUGGUACAACAAAUUAGCGGCUCAUUUUUGAAAUAUGUAGAACUUUUACAGUUAAUUGGUUAUAGGAGCCACUUAAAUGGGUUUUCAUUAUUAACGUUAGAUACCUUAAUGACCGAGACUUAUUUGGCACCUUUAUGAAUUAUGAGAAGACAAUGAAUUUGAGAUGGAAAGAUGAGGGAGUGAAUGUCUAAUACUGUUUAUAUUGUGUGACUGUGAGCAUGUUUCAGUGUGACUCAAAAUACAUUUCCUCAAGCUCCUGUUAAAAAAUACCUGUACUUCAUUUGUUUAUAAUUAACUUUAUUUCAUUUAUGUUUUAUUCAUCUGUUAAAAUGUAAAGUACAAAAGAAAAAAAUGACCCAUGUGCUUUUUCCCCACAGAAACUUUUACAAUGUUUUUUUUUUUUUUUGUAUGUGGUUAUUUUUCCACACUAUUAUAAAAUAAAAACAUCUUUCAUACUGACUCAUGGUCAUACACUAACAAC